AUGACACAGCUGAAAGACAAGUUACGCGAACUGCGGGAGCUGACAGAAGCUUUAUAUCGAGAUUUCGGGCUCAGAUGCGAAUAUACCCUUUCAGACACCAAGGAUACCUUGCUGCCAGAGACGAGUAGCGCCCCCAAGGAAGCUGACACUUCUGGCUCCUCGGCGGACGAGACUUCUGUGAUCGAGUCGACUUUCAAGACCAUCGACAUCGACCCUUCCAACUCGAGUGAAGUUGACGAGUACCUUAUUCAAUGCUUUGACGAAUUCCAGCAGAUUCCAUGCAAGUUGCUGGCAAAAGCAUGGAUAAGGCUCAUCGAGCCUAAGAAACAAAGCAGAUAUCCUUACAAGCUUGGGGAUCGGUCCAAGCCGUUGUGGUGGCCAGAGAGUUGUCGCCAUAAGGAGCCGGACCACCUGCGCAAAGAAGAGCGGAUCGACCUGCUGGUGUGCAUAGUGAAGACCUUCAGGUUCCAAGCAAAAGAUUUGAUCGCGACGGCAGAGUCUGUCGGAGACUUCAGCAUCGCCCAUGGAGAACACACAGCAGUAAGCAGAUUGAGUAGACGGAAGCUCGACAUACUUAUAGAAAUGUUCAAAGUUCUCAACGCUGCGCCCGGUUCCGGGCCUGUGACUGUGAGUAAACCUGGCAAAAAAUACUCCAGCAAGGUCUACACGAAAAAGGUGCUGCAGCGCAGGCUGGAGUCCGAGCAGCGUGAGAACAUUCCUCCCGAAAAGCAUAGGCUUCCGCCUAAAACGCCAUCGCCACGAAGAGUGCUCGGGACGCCGCUGAUACCCUCGAAUACGCGACAAACCUCGACUCCGGAGAUGAGCUUCCAAAAUCACGACUUUGGGCACGAGAACAUUGAGCCUAGCUUGGCAAGCCGAAACCCGCUCAGCCUUUUAACACCAAACAAUUUCAACCUGCUGCUCUUGUACGGGCCAUCAUCAACCGACUUUGGCGGCCUUUUCCAAGCCAACGAGAAUACCAGGCCCGCGCAGCGGGCAACGUAUUUCCAAAGAGUGGACCAAUUCGAUAGCGACGAAACAGUGAGCGACUGUUGA